CAUAGUGCCAUUGAAGUGAGUCAUCUCUAGGAAGUGUGGUGAAAAGGAAAAGAAAAAAGUUAGAACUGUUCCGUGAACAGCAGAGAGCUCAGAUUAGUGUAGUAGGCAAGGCUACGGAAAAUAUUCAGAAGGUUAGAAAGGCAAUAGGCUUUAAAGCGAAUGGUAAACGGCGUGAGUCACUCUUUUAACUACAGGUUCACUUGUCUCUGCUGGACUUGACUGCUGAAGGUGUGCUACUGACUUUAAGUUGGAGUUUGCGCACCUGAAAGGAUAUUUAAUAGACUAUUGUAGGUCUACCUGCGGCUCUUAAGAUCACAAGAAGAGAUAGACUUUACAAGCAGGGCUAAUACACAAGAAAAAAAAACUUGCAAUAUCUAUAAGAUGUUUUAGGUUAGUUUAGAGGAGCAUAAUUGCACUUUGUUUUGCCAACUCUUCUCUGGAUAUCCCAAAUUUACGUCUCGAGUCAGAGGAUUUUUUUUUCUAUCGGUGCCUUAUUACUGCGGGGAUUUUAAGAGGUAUCAGAACUCAAACAGUCUACUGAAAUCUUCCUCUUUCCUGGAUCAUGUACCAGGACUACUCCGUGAACUACGACACCUCGUCCCGCGGCAGCAGCACCUCUCCGGCCCAGCCAGAGUCCUUCACGAGCGGCAGCAGCACGAUCGGAAGUCCGAUCUCUACCUCAAGCUACCAGAAGUACAGGGUUGACAUGCCUGGCUCCAACAGUGCCUUUAUCCCUACAAUCAAUGCAAUCACGACCAGCCAAGACCUGCAGUGGAUGGUGCAGCCCACCGUCAUCACCUCCAUGUCCAACCCUUACUCCCGCUCCCACCCGUACGGCCAUCACCUGACCAAUGGCCCAGGGCUGCUGGGACACAACACACUGGCUCGUCCCGGGGUCAUUCGCUCCAUCGGGGAUGCCAGGGGCCGACGCAAGAGAGACGAACAGCUCACCCCGGAGGAAGAGGAGAAACGGAGGGUGAGACGUGAAAGGAAUAAGUUGGCCGCGGCCAAAUGCCGCAAUCGCAGGCGGGAGCUCACCGAGAUGCUGCAAGGGGAGACAGAGAAGCUGGAGGAGGAGAAAGCAGACCUGCAGAAGGAGAUCGAGAACCUGCAGAAGGAGAAAGACAAGCUGGAGUUCAUGCUGGUUGCUCACAACCCCGUGUGCAAGCUGCCCCACGAGGAGCGCCACCAGCCAUCGGCGCACCAGCAGCAGCAGCAGCAGCAGCAGCAGCAGCAGUGCAACCCGCUCCCACUGACCAUGCGCUCCAGCAUGGGCACGCGGGCUCAGAUGAACCACGUCGUGGUGAAGCAAGAGCCGCAGGAAGGCGACGAUGUGGGCAAGCCUCAGCGCUCCGUCAUCAAGCCCAUUUGCCUGGGCGGCAGCGGUGUGAGUGGUGGGAUGUACUGCCCAGAUGGAGACAGCCUGAAUACGCCAGUGGUGGCGACGUCCACCCCGGCUGCCACACCAAACGCUCCAAGCCUCAUAUUCACCUACCCAAACAUACUGGAGCCCGAGAGCCCCUCGCCCUCUUCUGAGUCUUGCUCCAAGGCCCACCGGCGCAGCAGCAGCAGCGGCGACCAGUCCUCAGACUCCCUCAACUCACCCACCCUCUUGGCCCUCUGAAUGAACUCUCGGCUCGGCUCGGCGGCAGCUGAGAAACGAACACUGUGGUUGAAAGCUGACGCAUGGAUGGACCGCGCGCCCUCCCCUCACCUCCUCCUCCAGUGUCUGUAAAGGCCCAAGAGCACAUUCAAGAGUCCAGACCAAGCUGACCAUGUGAGCCGUUUCCCCCGUCUAGAGGGAGACCCACAAGGGCUACGCCGUGUGUUUCUUCUCGUUCUGCUUCAGUGUAAAAUUUUCUAAUUGUCAAAGUAUGUGCAUCAACCCUAAAAAGAAUCACCCCUCCGCCAUUUCAGUCUCGACUUGUUUACUGGGCAGACAGUUCUGAAGACAGACAUGCAUAAACGUGGCAAAUGUGAGUUGAUGUGACUAUGACCAGAGAGCGCGUUCUUAAUAUGUAUUUUUUGAAAAUGUUUAAAAAGCCAUGUGGCCAACACUUGCACUCUGCCAAGACGAAUCAAUAAGUCAAUCACUAAACGAGGUCAGCACUCUACUGGAAUUUGAGGAGAGAAAGAGACAAUGAGCAAGGACUUCCUCUCAUCUUUUAUUUUCCAUUUAGACUUGUCCUUUCGUAACUUGGAGCUUGAUUCAGGAUAGCUUCUAAGAGUGUGUACACAUUUCCAAUGUUAUUUCCAUUGUGUUUAUGGCCUGUGUGGAUUAAAUUUUACAAAGUAUUUCUGUUGACACAGCCCUCUCCUUUAAUCUGCCUGUAGAAAAAGCGACCGGGUCACCCGCAGUGUGACCUAAGCACUCCUCAGUGUUGCAAGGGAUACGAGCCAACUUUCAAUCAAUGACUAGUUCCUCAAUACUCUAUACUUUCUAUUUUGCCAUAGUGGCUUGACUUUACAGUAGUAUUGGUGUGCUUUUCCUCAGUGAUUCUGUACCUGAACUUUACAACCUGUUUUUUGACAAAGUGUAUGUGAUUUACAUUGAUGUCAGGGAUAUCUCUCAUGUGUAGUAGAACCCCAUUGUGAAGAGCGUUGCAGUGCUGCUGGCUGUCGAAUGGUCUAGCCAAAGUGUUGCAGUGGUGGUACUAUAUGUGAAGUAUGGGAAGGGGGUGAUAAACGCCAUCGCCUCGUUGUGUCACGUCAGGAGAGGUUUGUCUUUUUGCUCAGACAUUUCAAGAAGUUUGAACAAAACCCUCCUCCUCCUGCUGGAUUCUGUACUUUGUUUCGUACAUCCUCUAAACAAAGGUCUUACCUUUUUCAACACUGCCUCUCGGGGAGGGGAGGGAAGGCGGGGGGCAGGUCAGGUUUCAAAAAGCCAAAAAGGUUUGUAUGACACAUGUAAUCCUGUAAUUCGUCCGUCUCUGUCUAAAAGGAGGGAUUUUGCUCAAAUUUGAAAAACGCCACUGUGGUCUAGACAGUCGCCAGCUGCCAAUGAUGUCAACCGUGUUUAUACUGUGUUUGUAAAUCUGUCACUUUUAGUAAAGAAAUGUGUAAUUCAACUCAGAUGCGCUGACUUAUGGGUGUAUGAACACAUGGCAACUUCAAGGUACUCGGUUAGAAUUUUACUGGCUUGGAAAAAAAAAAAAGGGCCAGACACAGUUCACUUUCUAACAGUAAGGAAGGGAUAGGAAGACUCUCUCUACAGCUGGCCUGACAUGAAAGAGUGGACACCUUGAGUUCUAUGAAGAACUUUCUGUCAUUAUUUUUACAUGUUAAAGGGAUGAGGGUUUUAAAUACCAUGCACUGAGAAAGACAGAACAGCGAUAUCUGAGACUUUUUUUUUUUUUUUGGUUUUGUUUACUUCAGACAUUCCUAAUGAAUAUAAUGUCAGGGGUUAAAGGAGGGUGCAGUCUUUGCUGGAACCCUUUUUGUUAACGCAGGAAUAUAAAGUGGGGUUGGAAGACUUUUGUUGCGCUGGAUGCAGAAAACAGACUUUACAAUCCGGGCUGCUGCUACCGUUUGGAAAGAACAUGUCGGCUCUUUACCUUUCCACGGUUGAGUUUGACGUCACUGGUUGUUUAUAUCAUGGAAACUGACGGGAUCUUCAAUCCUGUAUGACAGCACAAGGAGGCGAAACGAUAACCAAAAACAUAUCCGUUUGUUGAAAUAUCCUGGAACCCCUCGACACACAUAGGAAAGCCAUUGACUGUAGAUCUACUGUCUGUCGCCUGUUUUCAACUACUAUUACUUAUUUUCAAAAUGCUUUAACUGUUCAAAAUGAUUCAAAAUGACUAAAAACAGCAAUAUGUAUAGCAGUGUUUGUUAAUUUAAAAGAAUAAUAAUAAAAAAUCAUUUUCAACUUGGAA